UAUAAGAAGCGCACCAAGCGUGAUGUCUCACGCAUUUUACCACAAUCCCUCGACUAGUCAACGUCUUACUGACAAAAUAAAAAACUUUGUGAAAUUAGUGAUAGUGUUGUGACCUAUAUAUUGAAGACUUAUUUUAGGAAUUUAUAUUGAUAUUUAGCAAUGGCACGCGUAUGUGUAAUCGGAGCCGGUGCAGCGGGUCUAUGCGCGGCUCGUCACCUGUUAGUCCAGGAGACAGUCAGCGAAGUGGACGUUUUAGAGCAAGCGGCCCAACUUGGUGGUACCUGGGUGUACACGGAGAAAGUCGGCUAUGAUGACUUCGGUCUACCUAUACACACCAGCAUGUAUAAGAGUUUAAGGACAAAUCUGCCCAAAGAAGUGAUGGGAUUCCCAGAUUUCCCGGUACCAGAGAGCGAGAAGUCCUACCUCCCCGCGAAAGAGAUGCUGGCGUUCUUGCAGCUGUACGCAGACAAACAUGGCGUCACCUCGCAUAUCAAGUACAACCAGCACGUCCAACUGGUGAUACCCAAAGCCGGACCCGCCGGAGAGCUGUGGGACGUCUCCUUCAAAGACCUGAGGACUGGAGUCUCGCAGACCAAGGAGUAUGAUUAUAUAUUCGUCUGCAAUGGACACUAUAACACGCCGUUCAUACCUAGUAUACCAGGAUUGAAAGAGUAUGAAGGUGACGUGAUGCACAGUCACGACUACAGGGUCCCAGAAAUCUUCUCCAACAAACGAGUACUCGUUAUCGGAGCUGGUCCAUCCGGCAUGGACAUCGCUCUGGAAAUCACCAACGUAACUGAUAAAGUGAUUCUCAGCCACCACUUAAAGGAACAACCCAAGACUGUUUUCCCAGAUAACUUGGUGCAGAAACCUGAUGUUAUCAAAUUGGAAGGAAGGACAGCAUACUUCCAAGAUGGAAGUUUUGAAGAUGUUGAUGUUGUUUUCCUGUGUACUGGAUACCUCUACAACUUCCCGUUCCUCCAUGAGUCGUGCGGCAUCGUGGUUGAAGACAAUUGCGUGGAGCCUCUCUACAAACACCUCGUCAACAUCUACCACCCCACCAUGUGCUUCAUAGGCGUGCCUUAUUACGUCUGUGCCUUCUCUAUGUUUGACUUACAGGUCCGCUACUACGUUCAAUCAAUGAACGGUUCCUUCCAACUGCCCACAUCAGAGCAGAUGGCUGAGCAUUGGGAGGAGGAGAAGAAGGAGCGAGCGUCCAGGGGUUACACGAAACGACAGGCGCAUAUGAUGGGGCCUGAUCAGGCCGAUUACUACGUGUCCUUAUCUUCGGAAUCUGGGACUGAGCCCCUUCCGCCUGUCUUCACCAAGAUCCAUAACCACAGCAGCGGAAGGUUCCUUGACUAUCUCACCGAAUACAGAAACGAUGUGUACCAACUGAUCGACGAAGAAAACUACGUGUGUUAUAGAGGAAAGGCGUGCUUCAAGGGAGAGUUUUAGAGCCCUUACUUUUCACAUUUUAUAAAAAGUAUCGUUUAGGAAAGGCGUGCCUCAAGGCACCGUUUUAGAGCCAUUACUUUUCAUAUCUUAUGAAAUUGUAUAGUUUAAUUUAUAAACUUAUAUUUAUUUACCAUUUGUAUUAAAAAAAGACAAUUUUAAGGAAAACUUGUUUUUGAAAAAGGAAUGAACACUAACUUGUUUAUCGCAAAACAUUUAUUAACUUGUAAUCAGCUAAUAUUAUUAUCUCCAUUUAUAUGACUUCAUAUGUUAUUCUUAUGAUCUAUAAAUCAAUAUUUUAUAAUUAAUAGACAUAAUGACUUAAGAUACGAUCGUAUUUGUUUGUCAUGAUGUUAUAUACUUAUCCAUUUAUCUUUUAAUAAACAUCUUGUGUUGUCCAGACUUUGAAUAAGUAUUAUCACUAUCAUACCAGCUUCUUAUAACGUCUAAUUUACCGUUAAAACUUUAAAAUAACCGUAACAUUUUAUCUGAGUCAAAAUCGUAACAUUCAGAACAUUUAAAGAUCAUCAGAAAGGCAUAUCAGAAAGGAUAACAAUUAUAAACCAAGGCUCUCUCACCUUUGUGAUGUGCAUCUUAACUCUAUGUAAUCGCCAAGCAACACGAGACAGUGCAGUGGCGUUAUUAGCGGAAUCGAAUAUAGAGUUAACGUUUUAUAGAAACGACAUUAAAACUAAAAAAAGGAAAUUUUGGUGUAUUUAUCACGUUUAGACAAAAGUCGUAGAACAAAAGAUGUUAGUCUCAAUGUACCUUAUGCGCCUUUGGAAGGUCAUGCGUUAGUUACCAGUACCUAACCCUGUAUAUGGCGGUAAUAAUACUCUUGUGGGAUAUAUUUUAUCAAGGUAUUACAUUGUUAUUGUGAAGCGGUGGUGGUGUAAUAGUUAAGAUGCCCGCCUGUGGAUCGAAAGGUACCAGGUUCGAAUCCCACUCGUGCCACAUGUGUUUGUAUACCAAUGUGACUCAUGUAUAGUAAUUCUCAUCGACCACCACUUGCUUCCGGUGAAGGAAAACCUGCACACUGGUUGAUUCUUACUAACUUGUGUGUGAAAUGGAGAAGGCAAUGGCAAACCACACCAUUAAUAAUGCCAAGAAAGUUAUUGUGUUUCAUUCCACGUAAUAACCACGACCCUCGGCCAUGAGCAAUACGACUAUGAUUGUUAAUAUGACGAUACGCCCGUUCACCUAAGUCAGGAUAAGUCUACUCCAUCGCCCAAUAGGUACACGACGUCUGUAUACAAGUACUCGUCGCUAUACAAAUAUUUAUACAGAGGAUUUAUCCUCUUUAUUUGGUCCAAGGCACGCGACGAGGAGGCAGCGCGACGCGACGCGAUGGGAAAACGACGCGAAAAUAACUCCAUUGAUUCUGCACCACACAGCUUUGGUGGACAACAGACAACGGCCAAAUCACUCAAAGUUUCGAAACGCUAUAAUGAAUGAAAAAUGUGACAAAUUAGUGAUUUUUCACUAUUAAUUUAACAUACUUGACUAAAUGAUCUAAGAUUCUCGUAUAACUUAACUACAUCAAACUUACAUAUAUCUAGGGUUAGACCGGUUUUUGUUAGACAAAUAAAACAACAAGAAUUUUUUUAUUUAUUAAAUAAAAUUAAUUAAUUAAUAAUGUAACAAAUAAAUAUUAACUAAUUAAUCAAAUUACCAGGCGUCCAUAAACACCGAGGAGUCGUAUACAUCGCACGCAACGUCUUGAUAAUAUCACAACAAGACUUGUACUAAAACAACCUAGAAUUUGAACGAUUCCGCCGAGCGGUGGGUUAUCGCGUCGUUUACCUUGACGUACAUACUUGAUUACUGUUACUGUCAAUAUCCUAUAUUUACAAUUAUUGCAAUAACAUUCACAAAGCCAGUUAUGUUUUUGAACUGCAGUUCCUUCCUCCUUUCAUGCGGAUAUAAAACAACCGCUCUGAAAAAAUCAAUUUUGUAAUUUCUUUUAAUUUUUAUUUCUUACCUACAUUUCAUUUUGUAAAGAGUUAAGAUUGGAUUGAUGGUUCAAUAACGGUCCCAGGUUGGUCAGUCAUAUCGGAUGGCUUUUAGCUCAACAAAAGUCCCGGGCUUCAGGAACGAUACUACGCCUCUUUAGCUACGGAAGCAGGUACGCAAUGCCUCCCAUCAGUCCUCACGAAAAUACGAGAGGAAAGUUCCAAUCGUUUCCUCCAUAACCUCAAAAAUUACAGGCAAGACAUCUACAAAAUCA